UGAUGGAGAUAUAUCCAUUAAAUCAUUAUCAUACAGAUUUCCGGGUGACUUGAGAACUGCUAAUUUCACCUCCUUUUUACAAUCAGGUCUUGGACAUGAUGGACUUAUUUUUAUAGACCUUUCAAUACAAUCACGAUG